AUGAGCAUUUCGAUUAUAGAGUCAUCAGUGUUUCUAAUUGUGGUUAGAUUUCCUUGGGCGGUUCCUAUCAAAGAUACUUUCAGUGGACAUUUGUUAGAAUCUGAAGCCCUGGUUAUAUAG